AUGCCUGCCUUCCGCACUGGACAGCGAGUUAAUUACAAGCCCGUCGGUGGGCGUGAAUCGCACACCAGCGAGAGCAUCGGAAUCAUCCGUGAAGUGAGCACUUCCAAUACGACCAUGACGGGUCGAAUGGUUGAGGCUUCACCUCAAGAGCCCCGCUAUGAGAUUGAGAACGAGCGGACUCAGAAGAGAUCUGCCGUCAAGGAAUCGAAUAUUCUGGGCCCAGCAGAGUAA